AUGGGGGACUGGGUGUACCUCAGAUUGCAGCCCUGCAAGCAGACUUCAGUGCACAACAAAAAGCUUGGUAAGCUUGCUCCAAGGUAUUAUGGUCCAUUUAAGGUUCUUCAGAAGAUUGAGGAAGUUUCCUACAAGCUGGAUCUGCCUCUUGGUUCCUUGAUCCACCUUGUGUUCAAUGUAUCCAACCUUAAGGCUAAAUUGGGCAAUCAAGUGGUGCCAAGACCCACUUUACUUGCUGUCAAUGUUGAAAUGGUGCUUACUCCUAAGCCUGUGCUAAUUUUGGACAGAAAAUCAAUCAAGCUAAGGAGCAGGACUGUGACUCAAGUGUUAGUGUAG